CGGGGCUACAGCUCCUAGUUGGAGUCCCAGCGUCGUCGUCGACGACCUCCGUGAACACCUACACGAUUUGGGGAGCAAUUGGGAUGCGAUGCAUGCGAUUCGAAGCUGAAAUGAGGUCAUCACUGUGACGUUGGUUAUGAAAUUCGCGAAUUUUUGAUAUGCCGGAUGUGUGGGAUUGUUUUCGGCAUCGAAUUUUAGGGGGUAGGAGUCGCGAAGGCAUCGAGAUUUCGGAAGUUCCAUAGAUGUCGUGAAAGAAUUCGUCGCUGGCAUCUGGUGCCGUUUGUGGUGUUCGGGUCGUUUUAGCCCGUCAGCCCGACUGCGAGUUUGAUUGCCCAGGUUCAGAGAUUAUACUGUGUUGGAGGUGAGCACAAGAAGUUUCUGUCAUGUCACGGAGCAGGGAAGAAGAGGAUAGAAAAAAAAUGCAUGAUUGUAAAGCAGGACCCUGGACGUGCAUCGGGGUUUGAGAAUUCAGUCAAUGCAGAACCAGGUCCCAUGGGAGCAGGAGCUGAUAUUGCAGCCACCAUAGAAGACAUUGAAUCCUCUCCACGCGGCGCUGCAAUUGAGAAAGCUCAAGCUGAACUCAGGCGGGAUCUUGCUGUCCGGGAGGAGCGCAGAAGGGAGUUAGAGUUUUUAGAGAAGGGAGGAGAGAUUUUGGAUUUUAAGUUUGGUGAAGCUCCCUUGGACGGCUUUUCGACCUUGUCUCCAACACAGCCACCUUCUUACCCGGCGUCGUCUCUGAAGAGCGAUGGAGAGGCCGAUGCGGUCGCCAAUGGUGAUUCGUGUAAGUUGAGCAAAGGAUUGAUUGAAGGAGGGGUAGUGGAGGAAAUAAAUGACAUUUCAGUAGCGUUGGUUCCAGGCGUCCAAGAAGGCGUUGUUGAAUAUUGUGGAGGCUUGGGCUUAUUAGACACGAGCGUAGGAAAUUCGACUAAGUCAUUGAAUGAGCCUCUUUCAGAACCGGACGUUGGUAUUGGGUAUGGCGUCCACGCAAGACCCAAGGCUGAAGCUCAUGUGAGCGGUGACAGGGCUCUUUGUCAAGGGGUUGGAAAUGGCCAUGCAUUGCCAAAAGAGGUGGAGGAGGUGCCGGCCGGUGAGGUAGUGCAGUUGGAGGGCACGGUAAGCAGUGACAAUAAGGAGAAUGAACCUUCAGUAGCCAUGAGUUACCAAGUUUUGCCGCAGCAGAGCUCAUAUGCUCUCUCAAGCAAGUGGGUUGGAUUGACUGGUAGUCAGGAGUAUGAGCCUAUGAACGAGAUCAUAGCAAGAUGCGGGCCGGUUUUGGAGCAGCACGCAAGUGAACUGAGCUCCAGGGACAGAGCUCCAGUUCCUCCUGUGAAGACUGUACAGUCAUCCGGUGGUCGAGUUGGUUCUCUUGGUGGGGUUACGGACAGGGAUUCCGACAAUAAAUGUCUGGCUAGCGCAGGUUGUUCCGACGAGCCGGCAGACAGGUUAGGGACUCAUGAACAGACGGUCGUCGCCGGGGAGAGGCACGACAGUGGUGCAGUUGCUGCUCAGGUGGAAAGUGCUGCAGCUGAAGACGUGGACACGAAUCUCAUUGGGAUCGUUGAAGAUGAUGUAGGAUCCGUCGAGCAGUUGAUGGAGAAACAAGACAAGGUGGAUUCUACGUUAUGUUCCUCAGGAGCGGAUAUUGGCAGGGUGCUCGGCUCAGCAGAAAUCUCACGGGAACCAUUAGUAGUUGUUGUUCCUGAGAACCACAGCUUCGAGGCACGGAGUGGGCAUGGGAUGCUAGAGUCUCGCAGUGAGAGUGUUGCAGAUGGUUCGAGCGGUGCGCCAGCGCACAGAAAUGCAAGAACAUUGAAGAGUACUUCAAGAGGAGGUAGCAACUUGAAGGUGACUCACAGAGAGAGGGCAGGAGUGGACACGAAGAAGGGUACCGGUCAUCAUUUGAUGUUAAAUUUGGAGGGAGGGGUGGUGGAGGACAGGAUCAAACAGCUUUCUCCGGAGGCGGAGCCAGGUGGUAGAGAAACCAAUGGUGCUGAAUCUCAGGAAUUGAGAACGGGGGGUCAAUCGGGUGCGGCAGUAGGUGGUGCUUCAAGACUCAUUGGACGGUCGGGAAGUAUUUCUGGUGCACCAAAUGGGAAGUAUUCAGGUAUGGUUCUGCCGUUGCAGAAGGGACAAGAUUCAGGAGUACAAACUGAAGUGGACAGAAUUAACGUGGAGCAUAGAGAAAAAUUGGCCAUUAAGGCUCACGAAGACUUCAUUCUCGAAAAGGCUGAGCACCUCCAGGCGAAAAGGAAGCUAAUCGAGGAGCGGAGGACUUUUAAGAAGUUUGCGGAGCCUUCAAGGCGAAAGUCGCAUUGGGAUUUUGUGCUGGAAGAAAUGAAAUGGAUGGCCAACGACUUCUGGCAGGAGAGGACGUGGAAAAGGUAUCAGGCUGCUUAUGUUUGUCUGGAAAUUGCUACGAAAAAAGGGGAAGAUAAGUUUUUGGCAGCAGGAUUAAUUGGGGAGCACCGCAGAAUCUCGAGCAUUUUGGCACGCGCUGUGACGGAUUUCUGGUAUAUUGCAGAAGCGGCAGUUAAGAAGGAAAAAUGUGAUGCCAAAUGUUUGACAAAAGAGCAAUAUAAUAGAAGCACAAGCAAGAGCGAAGUUGUCCCAAUGGAUAUUCCUGUUUCGAAAGAGACUUUAGAGAAGUCGGUGCGUGCUGAGAAAGUCGUUAAGAAACAGCCUAGCGGAGUACAGAAGUAUGCUAUUCAACUGUUGAAAGAAACAGGCUCUGCCAGGAUUUGGCAAGCCAAGGCCCCUUCGAUGCCCGAGGGUUAUCGAUUAAGCAAUAGCAUUCUGGAGCAAGUUCAUGAGGUAUCCCUGUUUUACAAGGUACCUAUUGGAGCAAUGGAAGCAUAUCGAGCCGUAGUGGAGGCCGAACACGCUAGGUCCGAAGAGGAGUAUGAAAAGAGGCAUACAGUUGCAAUUGCGGAGGCGGAGGCUCUGGUUGCCGCGGAAUUAGCUGAAGAUGCAAGUAAUGUAGCGGAUGUGAGUUUCGGAGACUUCUCGAAUGGUGGAGGUUCACAGGAAGCCGAACCUGCAAUGUUCAUGAAUGAGGGGUCUCGCAUAUCGAAGAAGAAGCGGAAGAAGAUAAUCAAAACCGGCAGUAUUGGCUUAAGAGGCGAAGGAAGUGGGUUACAAGGUGUGGUGAGUUCAGAGUUGGGCAUACCUUCGCCCCUUGUAACCGGAAAGCGAUCCAUUACGGGAGGUUUGGGACCGAACGGUUUACCUGGGGGCAUCCCUGUGAAGCGUCAACGAUCAUCGGCAACAAAUUCACGAGCACGUUGCGCACAACCUAAUACUUCUCCAGGUGCAGGUGUAGUUGUGGCACAGAAGGGAUUUGGUUCUCAAUCUCAGUCAGAUGAUAGGUUGGACUUGCUGGAUGAUUUCAGCCAACGUGAUGUUAGUAGCGAUACUCCUAGUAGCAAAGCGGCUGGGGUGGACGUUAAAAGGAGAAAGAAAAGCAUCAAGUCUUUUGAUGGCGGGAUGGGUGCAGGCACGUCGGUGAAGGAAUGGGACGGGAGUGCCCAGGAACUUCGGCAGGAGCAGGUGAAACGUAAAGCGGGUAAUCAUUUGGUAGUCAUUGGUGGAUCUGAUGCAGGCCUGGCAGAUACGCCAGUGGCGUCGGGGUCUCAGGGUGUGUCUGAUCAGCAAAAUUCAAAGAAGCAGAAGCCUCUGAGGCCGUCGGAGGCAAACUCCGAGGCAGCCCUUACAUCUGGUUUGCUUAAUGGGCAAGAUGUGGGCUUUGUAGUGGGAGCAAAUAAGUUAACGAGGCUUAUCGGCGCUCGAGACAGUCAUCGGAGAGUCCGGCUGAAUAAGGAUCCUCCUAGUACGCCGAUGCGAGUAGGUAUUCCUUGGUCAGCUGGCGAAGAUCAAGCUAUUCUUGCUCUCGUUCACGACUUAGGUCCUAAUUGGGAUCUCGUUAGUGACGUUUUGAGUUCGAAUUCGCAAAUAAAGGGCAUCUGCCGCAAACCUCAGCAGUGCAAAGAGAGGCACCUAGCAUUGAUGGAGAGAGGUGGUGCAGAGGGGUUGGAGAAUCUGGAAGAUCCGUACUCAUCGCAGGGUAUCGUUCGGGGCCCGCGGAGUCUUAAUGCAGCUGAAGAAGAUAUUCUCAAGCACUUCGAGCAAAUUGUUGUAAUUGUGCAAAAGUAUGGUGCACGGAAAACUCCGAAUGAGUGUAAAGAUCAAAAGGACUUGCAAGCUUCACAUCCUUCUCACGGAAUCGUUAUCUCUCAGUUCUGUUCUGGCAGCGGUGGUCCUCCAAAUCCCGUGCAAUUGGCUGACCGGGUGACGAGUACUGGCGAUGGUGGUGUUCACCCGCACCCACCACAGGGUUCUCUGAGAAGUAUGGCGGGGCCUCAAAUCACUGGGCCAAUGCCUGGGCAGGGGAUGAGGUCCCCAGCUGGUGGACUCUCUCACCCCCCUGCGUUGCAAGGCACAGAUGGUUCGCAUCUAGGAGGAUUUUCUGCGUCUCCUGCUGCCAUGAGCGCUGCAACUGCCAGAGAUAGUCAGAGGUUCCCUAUGGGCACUAUGAACCUUCCGAGCGAAGAAGUUGCGAGGUUGCAAAUGUCAACGAGCAAACUAACGGAGUUCAACCCGCGGCGACUACAACAGCAAGCUGUUCCAGCUGCAUCAGGAGUGCCUGUGCUUGGGGGGUUGUCAAAUUCGAAUGUUCUUCCCUCGUUACCUAAUAGCACGGGUGGAGGAAUGCUUGCUGCACCGAACCGUGGUGGAUUGUCCCUUCCAAGAACAGGCAUGGGAGGCAUGGGGCCACCGUUGGUUUCGAACAUGGGCACAGCGAGUCCGAACGGCAGGCAUCCUCUGUCACCGAACCACGCGGCAUCCAAUAUGUCGAGGAGAAUCGCGCACUUGAUGAAUUUGGCACGGAAUUGCACGGAGGAGCAGCAGCGGACGCAGUGCCUUCAACAGCUUCAGACAUUGGCUAACCAGGGCGAAGGACAAGCCGUUUCUGCUUUAUCGAGCCUGAUGGGGGGCGGUGAUAUGACGAAUGCAGCUGACGGGUCAAACCAGUCGUUUGUACAACAACACCAGCAUUCGCUUCAGCAGCAUCAAGAACAUCAUCAACAAUUACAACUGCACCUCCAGCAUAUGAAUAACUCGUGCAAAUUACACGCACAAAUUCAGCAACAAAAUCAACAAGUGCCAGGACCCUCGCAAGCUUACAUUGCAGUGCCAACUCGCAUGAGAGAGCAGCAACAGCAAAGGCAACAGCACCAGAAGCAAAGGCUACUUGGAGGUCUUCCAGCUAAUUCACAAGGUCAACAUAUGGUGGUUCCUCCCCUUCAACUGCCGAUGCCAAGCUUCCCAACUCAAAAUUUGAAUUCACAGUCCCACAUCCUUCCUUCACAGGCACACAGUAGUCUAAAACCCCACAUACUGCAGCAAGUUAGCGGUUCUCCCCUUAUGCCCCAAGUUGUAGGGUCGCCAGGCCCGCAGUCAUCUCCAGCUUCUUCAGGUGGAUUAGGGCAGCUGAAUGAGCCCGUCGCACAGACCGCUCCAAGUGGCACUGGGGGCAAGACCCCUCAGGCAAAACAGAUACCUAAGAUAGCACAGCCGACAUCUCAGCAAGCUGUACAGCAGCAGGGUUUGAGGAAUGGGAAGGGUGGGAGUAGAGGAGCGAUGUUGAUGCAGGGCGUCUCUUCACAGACUGGACCAGGGCAAGCUAGCACUUCAUCUGGCAAUGCGAACGGUCAGUUGGAAGGUGAACCAGAUAGGCAUGUGCUAGCAGGACAAAGAGGAGUAGGUCAAUCUCAAGACCUAGCUGCGAAGGUGGCGAGUGGAUGUCAAGCAAGCGUGCCAGGAGGUUCCCAGGGCGGUCUUGAUGUUCAAGCACAUGGAAUGCAAUCAGCAAAUGUAUCGUCCGUGGCGGGACAGCAAAAGGGGUACCAACAUGUCCAACAGGCUGCGCAGGGAGGAAUGCGCAAGUCACAACAGGGAAGUCCGUCCCAAGCUGGUGAGCAAGCUAGUGGACAGCAAGCUUGUUCAGGCCCGACUUCAAGCCAGCAAGCUGUAUCGGCAGCAUCUUCGGGCGCUGGAACUCAGCAGUCUCCGCAGUUGCAUCGUCGACAGGUUGCGCAGGCGGCAGGGCCUACUCGAAGGUUGCAUAUGCGACAUCCUGGGAGCAGUGUAGGUGUGCCCAUUGCGAGUCAGCUUGUCAAAACAGGUGCGCAGCAGAUAGGACAUGCCGGUCCACAGAUGGCAUCGCAGGCGGGGCAGAAUCCAUAUCAGGUAGGUGGAACGAUUGCCAUGGGAACGAAUAAUUCGAACUUGCAUGGCGUAGGCCUUCCCUCUUCUGUGAACUCGAGGAUAGGUGAAGCACAGGGCAAGCAUUGGAAAGCCAACCAGACACUACGUCCUUCGGGAGGAACGUACAAUUUGAUACGGACUAACAGUCCAGGAGCUGGUCAAGUUCCAGCAAUGGCAAAUUCAGGCAUACAGUCGAACAGAAACAUUGGUAUGUCAUCGUCGGCUGCUUCUGCUAUCCAAGGUGUGGGUUUAGGAAACAUGGGACAUGGAAUGGGUGAGGUUCAAGGCUACCCAGGGUUGGUGAGUCCAAAAGUAGGAGCUGGUCCGGGGGUGAACGAGAGGGGCCUUUCAGGAUCACAGGUAGGAUUUGUGGGUGCUCUAAGAAAUCCGGCAAGCAGUUCGUUAAGUGUUUCUUCUGGAGUAGCUAGCACACCAAGCAGUCAUGUGAGACCUUCCGCUGGCUCCUCGGUGAUGGCACCGCCAACAAGUUCAAGUAUUGUUGGUACUUCUCCAGUCGGAGCUGCAACCGGGACUCAUCAAGGCGUGUCUGCAUCCAUGUCUGGUCCGACAACAAACAAUGGGCAGUUGCGGCAGUGGCAUGGAGGGCUAGCGGCCUCGUCAUCGUCUAGUCUGGCAGGCUCAUCUGAAAUGGCUGGCGCUUCAGGUAGAAGUGGAAGUGGAAGCACGAACUCUGCCAGCGAUGUCUUGGGUUCUGGAGUCAAUCAGGGUCCUUUCCCUCUAUCAGCAGAGGCAGCGGCAGGAUCUUCUUGAUAGGGUUCGUACUUCGGAGGCUUUUUGUCAUGCUCAAAUUGAGUGUGUUCCACGAUUUUUAGAGUUCACAACUCUUGUGGGUGGAUGUAGUGGUGAGCCCGUCUGCCAGAACCCGGAAGCACAGGUUUAGGGUUGAGUUUUAGGAUGCUGUGGAGGUCACUAUUCAUGAUGUAUGGUGCGGACUUGGACGAAUGAAAGUCCUACUCUGCCCAGUUUGUACAUUCUCGUGCCCAGAGUAGUGGUAGCACCUGCGAAUUGACAUAAUGUAACAAAACGUCCUGUUUCAAAAUCAAAAGUUCAGAAUUUUUUCCA